AUGUCGUCUCCGGGAGAUUACGAACCGGUCUCCUGGACAGACUCCGACGACGCAGAAGCGGCACUUCCGCGCGUCCCGUUCAGAUGGAUGCUGUACCACGUACGGUCUUCGGAUGGCCAACUCACGCCCUUGAUCUUGCAGAGCUUCCAGGAUGCGCAGUCUCUGCCGCCGACACAGCUAUGGCAGCGCAUGGCCACCAGGCCGCCCUCGCCGACGACGACGCUGGGCAAGAUGAGCUACUGGGUCGGCGCGCCCAUAUUGCAGGCAGGGUCGGCGCGGCUGAAUCUUGCCGAUGGGCGGGCUCUUGGACAGGCCGCGCUGCGGCUCGUGGUGUCUUGGCCUCUCUCCUUCUUUCUGUUUUACGGCUUUGAGUUCAUGAGCCCGCCCUUUCAAGCUGCGGUACAGACGCCUGGCGUCCAACUUGCACUGCCGGAUACUCGGUAUCAGCCGGUCCGACAGCUGGGAGCCCUCGAAACCAGAGGGCAAGGCCCAAGGUCAGCGGAGCCGAAUUCUGCUCUCCCGCAAAGACGUGCCUAUACAGACGACAUUGACUUGGACACGGACAUUACAGCAGCACCUCAGAGUGGCGGUGAUGAGGCUCAUACGAUAUUGGUUGAGACAAGCGACCAAGGGGCGGCUUCCCGACCCCGACACCUGUGUUAUAUACGGGAUCCUUCCCUGGACGAAUACGAAACAAUCAACGUGUCGCAGUUCCUAGACAAGGAGGGGGAUGAUGUCGAUAUGGAAUUUGUGUUUGUGUCCUAUACCCGCGAGCAGUUUCGUGUAGCCACGGAUGAGGAAAUCGACAAGUACACGGGCUAUCCCGACGAGGCCACUCGCGAGGCAAACCGGCAGCUCGCUCGAAGUGACCGCGCGAUCCUCGUCCAGUGGGGGCUCGACGCCGCGAAACGGGCUGGGAAGCGCGCAUUCUGGAUCGAUUUCGAGUGCGUCCGGGACAGGGACGGCGUGGCCCGCACCUCGAGCAAGAGCGACGACGUGUACCGCAUCUGCGACGUCGUGCGCGCCGCCCACUCCAUGAUCAUCGCCACCGGACCGCCCGCGUCCGAGAAAGUCGCCGCCAUCCUCGCCGGCCAGGAGUGCCCUGCGCCAGCCUCCCGGCAGCAGGCCAACACGACGAAGUGGCUCCGGCACUGGGGCUCGCGCCUGUGGACGCUGCCGGAGCUGCUGCUCUGCCCAAGCGAGCACCGGGUCGAGCUCUACGUCCUCGGCAGCGGCGCGCCCGUCGCCGCGCUGGCCAAGCGCAACUUUGCCGAGCGCGCUUGGGACGACGCCGAGCUCGUCAAGGAGCUCGUCAACCACUACGAGGGUUCCGCCAUCCUCUCCGAGAUCCGGCUUGUCGAAACGGCGCUGGAGUGCUUUGCGCGCCGCGGCACGCACCAAUUCAGCCCCGGCGACAUUGCCUACGCACUCAUGGGCCUCUUGCCCAUGAGCCAGCGGCCCGCCGUGCACCCGGGCGACUCCGGCUUCCAGGCGUUUGCGCGUCUGUCGCUGGCCAACGACGGCGGCGCCUUCCUGAGCCGCAUGCUGUGUCUCCUGCCGCCGAACCAGGACGACAACGACAGCCGCGCCGUGUGGUACGACAAUGUCAAGGACGUCUGGGGCGCGCGCAUCCGCGACGUGCACCCCAGCAGCCGCGUGGUCAGGAUCGCGGCGGACGCGCGCGACACGCUGGUCCUGGACGGCGCGCCGAGCGCCGCCGUGCACUGGGACGCCUUUGACACCGACGCCGCGCGCCAGGGCGAGAUGCCGCCCAGCAAGGUCCUAGUCGCACUACUCGUUUGGUCCGCCGGCUUGAGCCUCGGAGCCAUUGGCGUGCUGUGCAUGGCUGCCAAGGUGGUGGAGGAGGGAGGGACCACCUUUAGCGGCAGCUCCCUCUAUGGGUUGCUGAUGUGCACUGUCAUCUUUGGGCUGCCCGCGCUUCUGGCGCCGCUACUGUAUCUCUGGCACCAGCGAGGCAACCGACGACGAGGCAUGCAGGCCCAGCUGGUUGGUCUCGAGGGCCAUGUUGACGCGGGCACCGUGGAGCGCCAUCUCUGGGGUCACGAUAACGGUUUGCUGACGCUCGUCACGGCCGACGACGACUCGGGAUUUCAGGACAACGGCAGCAGCAGCACCGAGGUGGCACCACAACAGCAGCGCCGGCGGCGAGAGAAGUUUAACUUUACGCUGGUCGACACGCACAUGAUGACGGUCCGGCACAUUGCAGCCCGCAAGCCACCAGUGGCCGUGUUCGCCAUGGGCAGCGCCGGCGGCGGCGGGCAGCGCGCCAUGCUGUGCUCGUACGACUGGCACGACGACACGUUUGAGCGCACGACGGUCAUCCGCGUCGACGAUACCAUGGUGGACCAGAUGCGUCGCAUCAAUCAGUUUCGCGUACGGCUGCGCUCGCACACGCACGGGGACGAGGACAGCGUCGCGCCAGCGGAAGCCGUGGUGGCCCGGGACACGAUCCGCCCAUGGCAGCAGGAGCUCCUGUUUGCUUUUUUAGUUGUUAUGGCAAUGAAUAUGCUUCUGCCGCUGUACUGGGAUCCGCGGGAUCGGUAUACACCAGAGGACAGCGUCGCGACGCAUACUAAACUGGCAUACUGCGUAGCUUUCUUACUGGCGCAAGGGCCAGCAUUCCUCAUCGUCACACGCAUGUCUCUAGAACGAGUGGUGCCGCAACUGGUUCUCAUCAAAGCAUUCUUACCCGGCUUCCUCAUCCUCCUCGCUGGCCUCCCCGCCGGCCCCCUCCUGCGCUCCAUUGUCGCCGGCGGCAUCGAGGGCAUCGCCUGCCCCGUCCUCGCCUCGCUCGUGUGGCUCUGGUUCGGCGCUACCUCGUCGUCGCCCUCCAAGUUCGUCGCGCGCGCGCUCGCCUUUUCCACGCUGUCGUUGGUCGGCCCGCCGCUCGCCCGCCGCUCUCUCUUUGGCGUGCUCCGCAACGAGCGGGUGUACCACUUCAUGCAGUACUUUUUCGACAUGGCUGGCAUCGUGCUGCGCGUCAUCCUGGUGACGGUCGGAAGGCGCUGGGUCGGACGCCCGGACGAGGUCGCGUGGCUCCCGGCGAGUCGCAAGGCCAAGAUGGCGGCAGCAGCACCGGCGGAGACGACGAUGCGCUCGAGGAAGCGCGCUGCGGUGCUGCUGCCGCUUGCGGCUUUCGUAGUGUCGACGCUCGCGCACCUCGCGACGGAUGCGCCAAGGGUCGCUGGCUCGAUGGCAUCGCUGCUCUGGCUACUGUACGUCUACGUGGCCAUCAUCAUCGUGUUUACGAUUUGCGUGGCGCGAUUCCCAAAAAGUCCCACACUGCUGCUCACAGUAGUCAUCGUCUCGUCCUCUGCCGGCUCGAUAUGGCAAAACAGUCUGGGAGACGUCAGAAGCACAUGGCCUGGCAUCCUGGUCAACACGCGCAUCCUCAUACUACCAUUAAUCUGGGCGCUGGCCAGCUCCCUGCUCGAUUCGUGGCCAAUGAAGCUGCAGGUUCUCUGCCUGUCGCUGGCGGGCAUGGCGCUCGACGGCAUGCUCAAGACAACGAUCGUGUCCAUUGUGGCGUGGCAGGUGCAGGUAUCGGCAGGCGCGGUGGCCAUUGUGCUGCUAGUCGGACUCUGGGUCCACGAGGAGACGAGUCGCCACAGGCGUAUUUCACUAUAA